AGAAAAAUGAAGACCCAUACAGAUUUUCCUGCCAUCUUAUCUUUACAAAGUUAUCUCCUUUGUCAACUACUCCAGUUUCCUUUUUAUCUUUUUCUCCUUUCGCCCAAAACCCAGUUUAUCAACUGUUUCAAAUGCAAAGCAAUUUCAUCUAGAAACCCUCGGAAAUCAUGUCUUGUAUUUACAGCUCACUCUCCUCUUUCUCAAUUUCAUCUAAAUCUGCAUUUCCUUCUUCUUCUCGCUAUAAUUUCAAGCCCAGAAUCUCUUGUUCCGUCGGAGGAACUGUUGCUGAACCGAAAGCUAUUAAUGCAACAGAACCUUUGUUGCUUGAUGCUGUUCGGGGUAAAGAGGUAGAAAGGCCUCCUGUUUGGCUUAUGAGACAAGCAGGGAGGUACAUGAAGAGUUAUCAAAUCUUAUGUGAGAAGCACCCAUCCUUUCGUGAGAGAUCUGAAAAUGUAGAUCUUGUGGUAGAAAUUUCUCUGCAGCCAUGGAAAGUAUUCCAGCCUGAUGGGGUCAUUUUGUUUUCAGAUAUUCUUACUCCUCUCUCUGGAAUGAACAUCCCUUUUGACAUUAUAAAGGGGAAGGGUCCUGUCAUAUUUGAUCCACCGACAACACUUUCUGAUGUUGAGAAAGUUAGAGAAUUCAUUCCUGAAGAAUCAGUUCCAUAUGUUGGAGAAGCAUUAACAAUUUUGCGGAAAGAGGUCAAUAAUCAUGCAGCAGUUCUGGGUUUCGUUGGGGCACCAUUUACCUUGGCAUCAUAUGUGGUUGAAGGUGGUUCCUCUAAGAACUUUACAAAAAUUAAGAGAUUAGCUUUUGCGGAGCCCAAGGUCCUUCAUUCGCUGCUUCAAAUAUUUGCAACCUCAAUGGCUAAAUAUAUCCGUUACCAAGCUGACAAUGGAGCUCAAGCAGUUCAGAUCUUUGAUUCAUGGGCCACAGAGCUAAGCCCAGUCGAUUUUGAGGAGUUCAGUUUGCCAUACUUAAAACAGAUAGUUGAUGCAGUGAAACUAACCCAUCCUGAUCUCCCGCUGAUUCUCUAUGCAAGUGGAUCAGGUGGCUUGCUUGAGAGACUACCCUUGACAGGAGUAGAUGUAAUCAGUUUGGACUGGACAGUUGAUAUGGCUGAUGGUAGGAAACGACUGGGUCCUAAUGUGGCUAUACAAGGUAAUGUGGAUCCUGGAGUGCUUUUUGGCUCGAAGGAAUUUAUUACCAACCGGAUUAAUGAUACAGUGAAGAAAGCUGGUAAAGGGAAACAUAUUUUGAACCUUGGACAUGGCAUCAAAGUAGGUACACCUGAGGAGAAUGUUGCUCACUUCUUUGAGGUUGCCAAAGGUCUUAGGUAUUAUUAGAGACCGAUCAAAUCCUUAUCAAUUUUUACCUGUUCCAUAUUUCCGACGAGGUGUAUCAUUCUUUUCCUCAUUUUUUCCCCUUGUAUCUAGUGCUUCCUGUGAACAGGGAAACAAAUAUUUCCAGAGCAUUUUUGUUGGAAUGUGCUUUUAAGAUCUAUAUGAGACUGACGAUGAAACUAGGUUUUCUUAUUGUGUA